AUGGCCGAUGUAAAGAAGAAAAUUGCAGAGGAAAAAGGUGAAGACUAUGCGGUGGAGCUUCAAAAAUUGAUUUACAACGGGAAGAUUCUUGAUGAUGCAACCACGAUAGAGCAAGUUGAUAUCGAUCCCAAUAAAUUCGUGGUGGUGAUGUUGUCGAGGAGGAAAGCACCUGAAGCAGCUCCUGCUACAACGACCACUUCAACUCCUGCGCCAGCGCAGUCUAGUGCGCCUGCUCCCGCAGUUGCAGCCCCUGAAGCAAGUGCACAGUCAGAACCUCAACCACAGUCUACUCCUGCAGAAGUUGCCUCUUCUACUCCCGCACCGAAGCCGGCUGCAGAGACCACCCCUCAACCAGCGCCUGUACAACAGUCUUUCACCACCGAUCAGGAGUCGUCUAUUGAAGCCAUACAAGCGAUGGGAUAUCCUCGUGAUCAGUAUUUGUUGAGUGGAAUCCCUGAUGAAGAGCAAAUGCCUAUUGAAGUCGGUGGUGAAGAAGAAGAGAGUGAAGGAGGUGAAGCUCCAGCGUCUCAGCUUGAAGCUCUGCGCCACUUACCGCAAAUGGAUGAGCUUCGUAAUCUUGUGCGUUCCAAUCCUGAGAUUCUCCCUUCAUUAAUUCAGCAAAUCGCAACUGUAAACCCUGAGCUGAUGGAAAUCAUCCAAAACAAUCAGGAGGAAUUUCUGCGCAUAUUAAACACUGCGCCUGGUUCAGGUGCUGCACAGCCAGCAGCUGGAGCCGAAGCCGCAGCCAAUCCCAACCCUUACGGUGAACGCCACGUGAUCGAUUUAACAGAGCAAGAAGCUGCAGCUAUUCAACGCAUAAAAUCUAUGGGGUUCCGAGUUCCAGAUGGUCUGAUUAUAGAGGCGUAUUUGGCGUGUGACAAAAACGAGGAAAUGGCCAUCGAUUACAUUUUAAACAGAAUGAGUGAAGAUGACAUGUGA